CUUUCGACUUCAUUGUAGUCUUUGGUGCAGUUUUGAUCACCUGAUUUCAGAUAACUAAGUGCUUCGACGAACAAUGCUUGCUUGGCAAUUUUUUGUAGCGGCUGUGUUGGCUCUCGUAUCGAAUGUCUUUACCUUACCGAGAUACCCAGGGGGAGUGGCAAUAUUUCCAAGAUUAAAGCGACCGGGAGUGUUCGGUCAACAAAACUCUAAUUUUCCGAAGGGUCCAUGGAUACCCCGCUAACAACCACGUUAGAAAUUCAUCGCCUCAAUGAGCUCAAUCAUUGAUAGUAAAUUCUUAUUGUAGUGUCU